CUACUAUCUUUGUCCCACACUAAGACUAGAUCUAGCCGCACGGUUUGUUCAACGCCAACGGCCCUCGACACCACCCCAUACAACUCAGUUCUAUCGCGGUCUUGUUCAUUACUGCGGCUUAGUAUGAGUGAAUGGUGCUCGCCAGUCCACAGCUGCAUCUAAUGUCAAUGCCGCUUUGGAUGCAGCGGAGCAAAUAGGCUAUCCCGUCAACCUUCGGUCUGCAUUCACUCUUGGUAGUCUCGGUUCCUGUUUCGCCAAUCACUCGCAACCUCCUCCUACUCCUACUUCAGCAACUAGUCCUCCACCCCCAGACCAAACAAAAGGCACAUUCAGCGUCCAAGCAUUCGUCUCGCGCGUCCAAGCACUUGUCAUAGACGAUCGAGCCCUAGUUGAAAGACUGAUACGGUUUGCCUAAGACCUACUCAAGAGAACUUCCUCCAAGUUCGGCUGGGGAAUGACGAAACGGAUUGAGAGCCAUGGACUCGCUCGGUUCAAGGCUCACGUUCAAAGAUCUCGGCAGGGCGUCUCCCUCUUCCUUGACUUAAUUCGCCAGGCUCGAUUGCAGCCUAUGGCGUUAGGCUCGUAUAUAACACAUCUCCACUCAGAACGUUCUUUCACUUCUACGGAUACUCCGGCUUCAUCCCACAGCUCAGACAAUACUGGACAUGCGCCAGAGGAGUAUUCUUCGCCCACGACUGAAAAUACUUGGUUGGGCAAAAUAUGGGGCAGUAGGACCCCAAUGUCAAGGAAUACUGUGGCAUUGAGGUUAAUGCUCGUCUAAAUCACUCAAGUGCCCUGGCAUCUAAAGCUACUGGUUAUCCGCUUGCUCGGAGUUAAAUCAAAAAGGAGAAGACCACUACGCGGGCAGGGCAAUACAUCUUUAUAAUGCCACAGCGCUCCUGAGGAAGAUUAUAUUUCUGUGCACAUCCGUGUCGUCGGUGACUUGACCGCUGCGCUCGCCAAAGCUGUCGGCUGUAACUUUGACUCUAAGGAUUCCAAGGAUGUCGACGCCAGUGGUGGAAAGGUUAUUGGCACGAACGCAAAUCCGCCGUUCAACCGGGUGCUCCCUCGUAUCAAUGGUUGACGGUCCGUUUGGUAGUGCCAGUGAGGACUUCUUAAAUUA